CCUUUUCCAAUAAAAAAAAAAACAGUGUAAAUAAAAAUAAACAUAUAUGGUAUCACCAAAUGUCCGAAUUAUAAAAAUAUAUCAUUAAUUAAACCGCUCGGUCAAUGGCGUGCGCGCAAAAAAAUUCCAAAGUCCAAAAUAGUGCAUUUUUGGUCACUUUUUAUAUCAUUUAAAAAUUAAUAAAAAGCGAUCAAUAAGUCCUAUCAAUGCAAUGCAAAUGCUACCGUUAAAAACUUCAGAUCCACCCCAGGCUAGAAUCAGAAUCAAUGGACAGCUGUCGGCUCCCUUUAGCAUUUGCAACGGUACGAGGCAAGGAUGCCCAUUAUCACCUAUCCUUUAUGUCCUAUGCAUGGAGCACUUGCUCAAUGCAAUACGCUCGAAUCCAGAUAUAAGAGGCCUCUCCUCUCCCUCGUGCAGUUGCAAAUGCUCAGCGGUCGCUGAUGAUGUCCUUCUAUUUCUCUCCUCCCCGCUCACUACCCUCCCUUCCCUCCUCUCCACCAUAGCACAAUAUUCGGCUUAUAGUAACUAUAAACUGAACCCAUCCAAAAGUGAAGCUUUGAAUAUCACACUGCCCUCCCAAAUGAUCACCCACAUUUCUUCCACUUACCCCUUUAAAUGGCAGAGGUCAUCACUGAAAUAUCUUGGGAUCCUAGUCCCUAGUGAUCUAGCUAGCACUUUUCAAUUAAAUUUUCCUCCGUUGUUCCACACCCUGAGAACUGACUUGUCGAAAUGGGACAAAAAAAAAAACUUCUCAUGGAUUGGCAGGGUAAAUAUUUUUAAAAUGAACAUCCUACGCCGCUUACUCUAUCUCUUUGCCUGUAUCCCCUGUCAUGUCCCCCGUUCUUUCUUUAAGGACCUCUCUGCAAUGCAGUCUCACUUUGAAAUAAGAAGCAUCCCCGCCUGGCAGGGAAGGUGCUUUAUAGACGCAAGAAGGAGGGUGGCCUCGCACUGCCAGACUGCCUAUCGUAUUACAUGGCGAUCAUAUUAGCCAGAAUACUAGACUGCUACAACAGUCAGACUGCUAAGCAAUGGGUUGUCUUUGAAAGAAAUCUCUGUGGUGUGGAUGCUAGGUCUACCUUGUGGACCAAAAGACUGCCCGCUCCCUUGCACCCACCUGACCAUCUACCCCCGGUAACACAUUCAAUACUGCGAGCACAUCAUACCUACCUGAAAAAUACAUCUCACUACUUCCCAGAUGGCCCCCUAAUGCCCCUGUUUGGCAACGUGCUCUUCCCUCCAGCGCAGACUUCUGCCACUUUCUUAACGUGUAAAAAGUCUGAUUAUGUCCUAUUCUCUUCCUUACUGCAACCCACAGGCUUGAAAUCCCUCUCCGACCUUUUGGGUGGAACUCAGCCUUCAACUAUACAUAGGUUCCCAUAUAGUCAACUUCUACACUUCUAGAACACCAACAAAGCCGCACUCCGUCUUCAUAGACAACUGACCCCCUUUGAAACCCUUUGUGCGGCCUCCACUCCUGUCCCCCAUGCAAUCGGAACUCUCUAUGCCCUGAUCAUUGGGGAACGCUCUGAAAUUCCCCUGCCCUAUCGAGCGGCAUGGGAAAGGGAACUACAAUGCUCUAUUCCCGACGAUGACUGGUCUCGUGCCCUGCUACAUUGCCAGAAAUCUAGUAUCUCAUGCAAGGCACAAGAAACUAACUAUAAAAUCAUCACGAGAUGGUACAGAGUGCCGUCUCUUUUGGCGCAGAUGUCCCCAAAGGUUUCUGAUGCAUGUUGGAGGUGCGGACGCUCAAAAGGGACAAUGUCCCAUAUCUGGGUGACAUGCCCGACAUUGAAUAUGUUUUGGACACUAGUUUUAUCUACCGUAAAUAGGCUGACGACCCUUUCCAUCGAUAAGGACCCACGACCUAUCCUCCUGUCCAUGUUCCCUAACACAUGUCCCCGUCUGUCGGCCACUUUAGCACACUAUCUACUUAUCUCGGCUUGAGCUGUGAUCCCUCGCCUUUGGAAAUCCCCACUACCCCCGACCUACACCUCAUGGCUGAGGGAAGUUACCUAUACUUGUAGAAUGGAAGAACUCCGGGCAGACUCUACCCGACAGUUCGAUAAAUACCAUGCUGUUUGGUCGCCUUGGCUAUCCUAUGUUGCCUCUCAGGAGUUUACUGAUGAUAACCUAGAUCUGUCAACACGCACGCUCAUCCCCCUCUGUCCAACUCCGCAAUAGCUCACCCACAGUUGCUGUUUACCACUUAGACAGGUGGAGUGGUUCAGUCCGAACAGGUCGGCUUCAUCUUCUACCUGCCAGCCUUUGCCUUGCACCGUACCCAUUUAAUGCCCUUCACUUCUGGAGAGCCUGGUGCUAGAUAGUCGCAGCGAGAGAACAUGGCGAGCGGUGGCUUUAGGUCACAUACCCCAUCUUCCUCCAACACAACAGAUUUCCUAGAGGAAUGGAAAGCCAAGCGGGAGAAAAUGAGGGCAAAAAUGUUUGCUGCCGAGAACAUGGGGACUGCUGGGGCAACAGAGGUAGUGACCAAAACUGGCAGUGAGAUGAACAAUAAUAACAGUAGCAGCAGUGCCAACGUUGCCAACAGCAGUAGCCAGGCAUCUGUGGUCCCUUCCGGACUUAAGGCUUCAGCCAUUAGGAGGACAGAUGAAGAGCAGCCUGUUAGCUCCUCUGUAGGGCAGCAAAGAAAGGCGCCAGGUCCUGUACAAGAUGGUGUAACUGGAGAGGCAACACAGGAAGAAUUACCUCCACCAGCAUCUCCGGACCCUCCGAGUAAGACAAAAGAAAAAGCGAAAAGCUGCAGCGGUCCGAGUGCCAGGAAGGGGAAAGGGCAGAUUGAGAAAAGGAAACUUCGGGAGAAGAGAAGGUCUACUGGAGUGGUGAAUAUUCCGUCUACAGAAAGCCCUGAAGAUGAAGAGGAUGAUGAAUCUGGACAGAAAGAAAGGAAGAGAGCAGAUGCAGUUACCCAGCAAAAUACCCUCCAGAACGAAUCCUUAAGUAUAGACCCCAAUGACUUUUUGCAAUCGGAAAGAAACUUGCCAAACAGAUAUAAGAGUACAAAUAAUGCCCCCGAUGAUGAUGUAUUAAAUCGCCAUUCCCGAAGUGACAGGACAACGUGUAAUCGUUUCAGUAAGGAUGCAGCUCCUAGCCAGGGAAAUUCUAUAGAAAAAAAGAUUGAGGAGCUUGAAAAGGAGCUAGCAAGAGAGAGGCAAGAAAAUCUAAGAUUAGUGAAGAUAAUGCAAGACAAAGAAGAGUUAAUUUUGAAAAUGAAGGAAGAAAUUGACUUACUAAACAGAGAUUUGGACGAUAUCGAAGAUGAAAAUAAACAGCUAAAGCAGGAAAAUAAGACCCUUCUGAAAGUGGUUGGCCAGCUGACAAGAUAGAAGGCAGUUUGGCAAUUCGCUGUGGAAACAACACUACUGAUUUUUCUUGAGAUGCGAGGGGGUAGCAUAGGGGAAAUUGGUUAAGGGGAUAUUAAGGCCGCCUCUUCGAUGAAGGGGUGUACCCAUUGCUUUUUGAAAUUUAAUAAAUAGUAGAAUUGUAUAUUUAUUAUUAUUACAGACUGUUCUUGGAGGUAACAAAUAGCACCCGAUUUUGCUUUAUAGUCAUUUAAAAUGAAAAAGAUUUUGCAGAAAUGACCAGCUGGCCGUUUACCAAUCCUGUGCAGUUAAUUUUUUUCCUAUUUGGACAGAUAAUCUUUUACGUUCUGUUCAUCCUAUGAGAGGGGAGACUGCUCACAAAAUAUGUAUGACUUUUUAAAUGCAUGUAAGUCUAGAGUGCCCAAGGAAAGUACAAUGGCCAGACUGAAUUGCCACUCCCAUAGUGUCUAGAGAAAUUCCCCGAGGACAACAAGUGAAAGAAGAGCAUUGUAAGCCUAAUCACCGGAAAGGAAUGUCUCAUGUCUGGAGAGUCCGAAUCUUUACAUGUAAAAUCAAUAAGGUUUCUUUCCUAAUAUUUCUUCAAAUCCCCUCACAAUCUGUUAAUGGAGCACUCCUAGAAGGGGAAGCAGUUGAAGACGUCCCACCUAUAGUGUCAUCACCACUACAAACCACUGCUACACUGUGGGUAUGUGUAUAUAGACAGAUUCAGUAGUUGAAGUUCACAUUGAAGUAAGAGUUGUUUACAUCUACCUGUUCAGUUCCUUUUGGUCUUAAUUUUACCUUGCUAUAUCAAAAUAUAUGAAAAAGCUAUAAUGAGCUGUUAUAACUUGCCUAGGAGGAUAGUCCAUUCCAAUUCACCAUAUAAACACAUUCAGUAGAUGUUUACAUGGGGUAAUUAAUUUACCAUAUUGACAGGGUAACUUGUUUUCGGUCAAUAGGAGACUUGAUGUAGUUCUUUUUGAACAUUUGUAUAUUAUUUUUUUACUGCCAUGCUUCCCCAGGCCUUACACUAUUCAUACAGCUCUGUGUGCAGGCACUCUACAUGUAAUGAAGUCUAUGAGCAAAGAAGUAUCGUCCAUCAUUUUUGCUAGUGGUUGUAUAUGAGAAAGCUCAGCACAACAUACCUAAACACAGAUAUUAGAUUUUUACUUCAUGCUUUUGUCAAUGCACCUAAGUGAAUAAGUCUAGGGUAUUUUUCCCACUACAAGGCUAAUAGGCAAAUACGAAACAACAUGGCUGUAGUUUUUAAAUGGAUCUUGUAACAAAUGUUUUAAUUUCAAAGCCUAUUUUGUAUGCAUUAUUAUAGGAGAAUAUACAAGUUUCUUAAUUCACUUCUUGUUUUCUGGUAAACCAUGUUUAACAUUGCAACAAUAAUUAUGUCAAAAUAUAAGCAGAAUAUACACCUUAAAAAUGCUUGUUGUUCUGGGUAGUCUUUGUGUCGUAGUAGCACAAUGCACAGAUUUAGAGAAAUGACAAAUGGAUAAAUGUAUUAUUAUCUCUAGGAUUAGUGGAAUGUGGUUGAUGUUCCUGGGAAAUGUUUUAUCCAGAUGAAUGAAUCAUAAGCCAGGUGCAGCUCCGCUGGAACUCUGAAUUGUUCACACAAAAUCAAAAGUUCAAUGGUGCAGCUACCGAACGUAUAUAUAAAUUUGUAAAGCAUUUGACAUAUACAAUCAGCAGUUUAGCCCCAUUUGCCUCUGUUUAUGGUUGUUGUCAUUGAGUAUGACUACUUACUCAUGACUGUUUUACCUAUUCCCCUGCAUAGAGUGGAUCAGUUGGAUCUCAUAGCCAGCCGGGUAGUGAAGCAUGCUACCAUGUACUUCAACCGGGUAUAACUCAUCACAGUGGGUCUCAGGAGUAAGAUCUGGUGCAAUGUAAAGUUUGAUGUUGAUGUUGAUGGUUUAGUUUAUGUUUAUGGUCUAGUCAACCAGACAUCUAUCAUCUGUGUGCAGGUAUGUCCAUCUACAUACGGCAUCUUGGUUUACCAGGAAAUGGCUUUGUAAAAUAGUGUCAUCGCAUAGGACUGCGUUGGAGAACAUAAUAGCAAUAUCAUCAGUAGGAUGUGAAAAUUCAAUCAUGGUUCAGGCAGCAUGAAAGGGAUCAUAGGUUUAUUUUAAAGUGGCAUUCUGGUACAAAAAUGUUUUUGAGAUGUUGCCAAGGCUGCUGUAAAAAUGAAAAAAAAUGAUAAAUAGUGGUUGGUCCUGCAGCUGUCAAUGUAGAUGUCAAUGUCAAUCACUGGCUGCGACAGGACACCUUAAUGCUCAUUAAAUAUGCAUAAAAGUUUAGUUAUAAAUCACAGCCCAGAGCUGUAUGCAUAAUUCUGCAGGCUUCAGAAGUGAAAUCCCUUGUAUUGUGUGAUGACCAGUACAAGAUAAGCUAUUUAUGUAUUUACAAAGUCACUCAACCUUUUUAUGGAGAGUAAUCUAUAUGUAAACUGUAUAAUGGUGUUCAAAGGUGAACAUUCAGUACACCUGUACAUCCUCAGUCCUGAGCUGCCUGUUUUUUCUCCUCCAUUACCUCUAGUUAUACAGCUAUAUUGCUUUUAUGGUAAAAAGAAAGAGGAAAAUAAAAUACACAUGUCUGUUUCAAAGUUUAUAUGACUAUGCACUUUAUAAGACUGUAAAGGCUAUUAAGUCUCUGCAUACAUGGAAAAGGACUUGGCUUUCUCUAUGUGGGACAGGCAAUGAGAUCUGCUACUACUGUAAAAUGCUGCAGGUAGUAAAAGCAUGUUUACCUUUGGCCCCUUCUACCUAUACGACAGAAAAAAAGCUAUCUGAUCUAUCAAGAAAUAGGUGCUUAGGAAAUAUAAUAAAACUUUGCAUUCCUUAUGCUGGUCCAGAUGUACUGGAGUCUGUGAGUAUCUAAGGGUGUAUUCACAUGACGUUUUUAAUAUAAAGUUGCUUUAUACAAUUUUGUGUUUUAAAUCCAUAUACAACCAUAUAGAAAACUGUAUGCAUUGACCUCACAUACAAAAACCGUACAAAGCAAGAUGUAUCCGGUUGGGAAAGUUUUUGUACUUCUAUGAUUUUGUGUGUUUUUUUUUUUCAUUCUGUACUGUUCCACAUCGUUGCAGUACUACUACUACUACUCCCAUCAUAAAACAGAGUCUGUUCCAUGAUGUGAGUAGUAGUACCACCCAGCUGCGGGAGUCUGCAGGCAACUGUGUUGACUGCGGGAGCGCUUAUACUACUAUUCCUAUCAUGGUACAGAGUCUGUUCCAUGUUGGGAAUAGUAAUAAAGUGGCUGAGGGAUGAUCGCACCAAGUCUCACUUCUGAGACCCGCUGCGAUCAUAACUUAUAAACCAGGGAAGCAGACGCCAUGCUCUGCUCCCCAGCCAGCCGACUAUGUGAAGAAUUGAAAAUCUAUACUCUGUAACUUCAUAUUCCCCACAGAGACCCCUGAUUGGUUGGCAUCAAUUGACCUAUCAGGGCUUCCGAUGGGGAAUAUGAAUACAGUGCCGUGAAUUUAUAUUUCCCACCUGAAGCCUGGAUUGGUCAGUCAGUGCCGACCAAUCAGGUAUCCCGGCAGGGAAUAUGAAGUUACAGAUAAAUAGUUGGUUUACGUGUACCUCAGUAAUAGUUUAAGCAAGAGAUAACACUGUUUUCUGUGUAAGUAGGGAAAAAAUAAAACCUGUUAUUUAGAUUCCUGUAGGAGAGUUUGUAAUUGAAUAUUGGAAAGAACUAAAUUCUUGUCUAUUAGAAGCAUGGAGCUGGUAAAGAAUUAGUCAUUUCUAAGAGCAAAUGCCAACAGUGUGGUUCAGGAAAUAUGGUGACAAUGUGCUUCUACUCUAACCACAUAAUCUGUUUGAUUCCAUAUAUAUACUGGUUAAUUUAAUGUCCAAACGUGUAUUUACUGUUCUUUUUCCUGUAUCUCAGCUUAAGUGUUAUUAUGUUAUUACGUUUAGUGCUUAAAUAUUACCUGUCAUCAAACCAUAUUUUCUAAACUAGCUCAGAUUAUAUUCCCUAGCUACUCCUAACACCCCUCCUGCCCUUAAAAAAAUUCCCAAGCUUUAAAAAGCUUUGUAUCAUACCUUUCCCCUUGCUCCCGGCAGGAGAAAGUGGGCGUUCCCCAGAAGGCGCAACAUCAUGGAAGCCUGCGAGAGCUUUGCCUCGCCAUGCUCUGCAUGCACUUCCUGAGUUUGGUCUCCUGGCAGGCCGGGAGGAGACGUAACUGUUUGACUUGCAUCAGGGAACAGAAUAGAGCCACCUAGUGGCCAUUUUUUCAAUCACGUUAAAAACAUAUAAAGGCUGAGAAUUUUAACAGCAAGUAAAUAGCAAAGUGUCUUAUAAUUACAUAAGGAACAAUAUAUUAAACGUUUAGUUUGGUGACAGGUCCUCUUUUUAAGUGUUAAAAGGCUGUGCUGAGCCACGGGAUCAAUGUUGCAUCCCUCCCCCAACCCACCGCACCCUGCCCUGUCUGGUUGCCAUGCAUGGCUCAGUGCUGAAAAAGGAUCCCUGUAUGUCAAUGAAUCAAGGCAAGAAAGGGUGGGGGAGAGAGGAGGCGUGCACCCAGGGGCUUGGACAGUGUCCUUGACACUUGAGCUCUGAGCAUAAUCUAGAACUGACAGAUUCCCUGAUUGGAGUUACCGGCGUAUGGAUUAGAGAUUGAAUCCAACAGAAUCUGUUAUUAUAACAUACGUGUGGCUUUUAUCAGUUGUAAAAAUUUUGCCCAGACUUCCGUUCCUUCUAUUAAGUUUCUUUUGCCGUUUCACAACUAUAACUGCAUAGCAUGUUGCUCUAUUUUUUACUUUGAUCCAUUUGGGUCAGUUACAAAACAGAUCAUAACAUAAUCAUACAGCCAAGAGGUUGAAUAUGCUUUUUCGCAUUGCAAUAAAAAAAGACUCCCUAAAAAUCUCCCUCUUACUUUAAGUGCUUUUACCUUGUCUUCUAAUACUAGUGACACUUCCAAAUGAUGUUUUUGCACUGACCAGAUAUGUACGGAGCUUCUUAUAUAGUGUGUCUUGUAGCAUACCAUAAAGGGCUUGUCUGAAUGCAGAGAUAUAGGAGUCUCCUUUAAGUUUACAAAGAAUACAAACUGGUCUUCAUUAAAAACUUUGCUGCUGUCCUACACUAAAGACAGUGCUAAAGCUUUGUACUUAAAGGGGUAUUCCAUUCUGAUAGAGGCCAGACCUCUGGGAUUUUCUCCUCCUGGAAACAAGAUCCAGAGCUCCCUUCAAUAUUUGUCGUCUUAAAGGGAAACAGACAGUAGUGUUACCUGCAGUAAACUGCUGGUAUUGCCUGAUCAAAACAGUCUUUUUGGUUUCUCUGUAUAUUGCGCUGUUGCGGAUAUGUAGCUAAAAAUACAAAUAUGUAAAUGAGUCUAUUUGGUGUACCGGGGGUGUUCCCUAGUGCACCGGUAUGCCCACCUGGCUGUUCCCUGAACACCACCUUAAGAAAUAUUCUCAGCUCUCAGUUGAAGCAUAUAGUUAUGAUGUCUCUUUCUCGGUAUGGAGAGACUGUAGAUUUUCUGACAAAACUUACUAGGGUAUAUACUGUAGGUACUUUCCCUUCAAACACAGGCAAUAGGCAUAGCAUUUGUUUUUCAUUUUUCUAUAGAUUUUGGUAGUACUUGCAUAUUGUUUUAUAUACCAUUUCCAAUAUAUGUACUACAAGAUGUGAAGCAGUUGUAUUCAGAUAUGAUGUGUAUACAUUUCUAUAUCAAAUUUGCAAUGACUUUUUAUUACGUUCCACAGUCAUGAACCUUUUAGUUCUUGUAUACAGAGUAAUGUACACAACAUAGUGCAUGUACAAUGAUUACCUGUCACACCUCAAUAAAAAAU